ACAACAACCGUUUCCUUUAGCAGUCGCGCGCCCGCAUCGUCUUGUCCUCGCCUGCCCUUCAUCGACCGUAGCGCAGCCUCCACGUGCCACAGCGCUGCAAACGCUACAUCACCACAUUCGCAAUACGCAGAUCUAUCUAUCCGUGCAAGAAUUACUGUCAAAGUCGUAAAAAUCAUCGCGUAGUCCUUACUAAACAGAAACAAACAAGUAGAAAAAUGCGAUCUCCGUCAAAUACGAGCGAAUCGCGCUCUCCACCGCGUGUGGAUGGCGUUGCAGCGUCCACCAACCAGCAAGAAGAACACGACGUUCAGUCUAGUGCCAGCGUACAACCAUCUCAAGACAAGGCUGAGAGUGACGAAGAGCACGACACACAGGUCCAUAUUCCUGUCCCAACCAGACCCGCUCCACAUGAACCAGGAAGUGAACCGAGAACUAAAAGAAUGUGGCGGGCUGGAAGCCGCCAGCAGCUGCUGGAGCGAACUCGCAACAGAAUUCGACGGUCCAGUCUACAGCAGCCAUUAGACACUGGAGGUGGUGCAGCUGAGGUAGCUACAGCUCCAAGUGCACGUAGUGUCUCGCCACAAGGCGACUUUGCCGAGGAGAUCGAGAGUGAAGCUGCCGAGAUCCGAACUCUAAUCGCACGGACAGCAGAGCUUUGGUCAGCUGUAGACAGAGCUGAGCACGCGGAAGACCUUCCACCGAUGCCACAGCUGCGGAGCUUCUCCGCUUCAGCUCUGCAUCCAUCUCUCCCCGCUCAAUACGAGUGUGUCGAGGAGGAUGAUAGCACAUUGAGUAGCGACAACGAAGAGGACGAAGACGAGAACACCGAAACAGAGAGCGUCACCGAUAUGACACUCUCAAGUGAGGCCAACGAGCCACUAAGGCACCCGAAUAGCGUCGAGAGUGAUGGCAGAGACGUCGUGGAAGGCUUGCAGCUGGAGCAAGGCGAGAUUAUGGACCCUUCGAACCGCGCUAUCAACGCUGCCAAAGCUCGCGCCAUAAAGAACGCCAUGCUAGGAAACCUGCUUCGAUUAGGAUUCCGCGAGAACAUAACGCGUGCAGCUCUAGAAGCCGGAGUUCUGGAGAUCGACCACUAUGACUCGGACUGUGAACUGGCAUACGUCGACAUCUUCAUGUCGUUGGUGAAGAUGGUGACCGACGCUCAUGUUGAUGUGGUGAAUGGCGAAAAUCUCGAGCAGAACUGGGCAGAAAGUGAAGCUGUGGAUGCGAACGCGGCCUACAACUUGGAGCAACGUUCGUUCCUCCCCUUCAAGUGGCCAGUGUUCGACAUGGCUCAAUUCGAGUUCGGAAAUGCUCGGGCGGGGACGUGCUUCAACAGCGUCUGCGUGUUGACCAAUCUGCCCAAGGUGUCGAUGGAUCGUACCGAGGAAUUGAUGGAAAUUCUGUCUUGCAACUUGUUCUGCAUGAUCGGAGACCCCAUUCAAGUGGUGAUCCCGUCGGCCAGUUCCUCUGGACGUACAAAAGGCCACGCGUUCCUCGAAUUCGACGACCCGGAUAUGGCAAAGCGAUGCGCGAUGGCAAUUGAUGGACUCACGUGGGGGAGAGGCCCAUUUGGCAGGAUCCGAGGCAACUUAUUCCGUCAAUAUCAAGUGAAAUCUCCUGCUGAAGAACAACGACAGACCCAGGACUACGUAAACGACGACGGAGCAUCAUUCUCUCAGUCGUUUGCUGUCUCUGGAUCGCUCCCAGCUCAAAAUCCACCUCGAAAUCGUAUCGCAGAGCGCUUUCGACCAAGAGAAGACGUGGCUGAACAGCACAAUCUCUUGAGUGACAGUGACGAAGACAGCGACGCAGAGUGGGUCGUUAGUCGUCCGCUGGAGUACUCGCAGUUCAACCCCUCACCGCUGGAUCUAUCGGCUGGCAGUGUGGACAUGAGAGAACAGUUCGAACCUGUCCAACAUGAUGGCAUCACAAUGCAUCUUGGCUGGGAAAAUGAAGCGCUGGAUGACGGCUACUCGAGCGAAGACGACGACAAUGACGCAAGUUUCGACAGCUCCAGUGCUCUUGAGCUACAGGCUCCUGAUGAAGAGAAGCUGAUGGACCAAUCAAUUUUCGACGAGCUUGUUCAAGACUCCAGCUACAAUGACUCGCGGUGCUCAGCUGCGUCGGGCGAAGCACAAGCGUCGACUGCGACAUCAACCGCGUCGGCUGCUGCGCUUGAAGCUCUUGCUGAGUCCGGUAUGGCAGAGCAGCACUGGGAUGUACAGGAAGGCGAUGAUGCUGAAAAACCAUGGAGAAGAUACUGCGAAGACCUGAUCGUGCGUAAUCGAGAAAUGCAGGAGCAAGUGGCGUUCGCACGUCGUCGCAUUCUCCAGUUAAGCCACAACAACCAGAAGCUGCACUUGCUCAUUGACCGAGUGGAACGAGAUCGCGAUGGUUUGCUGUUCGAGAACGACUUGUUGCAGACGCAACUACACGGCUACGAAAAUCACGCGCAGCAUCACGACUCGCUCAUGCAGGAGCUGGCCACUUUACGCAAACGUCUCAAACAGAAGGAGCACACGUUCGAUCUGAGGAACCUGGAUCCGCAUCAACAAGUUCAGGCAGCGUACGCCGUCGCGAGCCGCUCGCAAGCCUCGCAUUCCUUCCGUAGCGUUCAAUCGGCGCUUGCUCUCGCGUCCGCCACCACACUGACACAUUGCUCGAUGGAAGAAUUGAAGGAGUGGGAGCAUCUGCUUGAAACCACGCUGAGUCACGUGCGUAGUGCGAAGGAGGAGAAGGCGCUGGAAAUGCAGAAGAAACUGGAUCGACAAGUGGAGGAGCAGAACGAGCUCAAGCUCUGCGUGAUCUGCCUGUCCAACGAGAAGACCAUCCUGUGUCUGCCAUGCCGUCACUUGUGUCUCUGUGAGGCCUGUUCGCGUCGUGAAGAGGUGACUAAGUGCCCCAUCUGCCGUCUUGAGAUCGAGGAGAUGCUGGCCGUGUACUCCUAAGGUACGAGCGUUGCAUGUCGUAGUCACUUUGCAUCUUUCACUUGGUUUGAAGCGUUUUUUAUUCACGAGAUGCGAAAUGACCACGACGUUCUUCAUUCACGUUUCUAAUGAUCCCGAGAAGUUACAGUGAGGAUACAGCUCUAGCAGAAGCAGCCAAGAUCCGACAAGCUGUCGAAGGGAACGGCGUUCAGAACGAAGAAGCAGUUCAUUGGUGUCAAAAUCCGUUCUGCCGAAGCGUGCUGUACUCUUCCUAUACCAGUUAUUGCGAGCGUGUGAUGUGCCAGCUACAUCGCGGACUUAAGCUGCAGUGCCAGACGAAUGCAGAGGCUGCAGCACAACAAGAAUUGAAGUCAAAUGGACAGAGUGAUUCGCUUUUGGUAUGUGGAACAAAGUCAAGUGCGUCUAAUGAGAAGGAGGCGUGCGAAGCAGAUGAACACUUUGUCAUUCCCCGUCGGAAACGCAGGAUCAGUGUAAGUGCCACCAGGAACGACGCAACUCAAUCGACUGAAUUGGAUCCACGACAUGGUAGCGCACUCGAUGGUACUUCAGCAGGAUCAAGGAGUCGAAAAAGGCCACGGCUUGGACAACGUAUGCAGUUUAACGAAGUGCUCUCGUAUUUUGAGCCUCAAGUUCCAAUUAUACCGGCGCUUGCGGUGUCCUCUCGAAUGCGAGCACAGAGAAUGCAGCAAGCUUCACGAUGGCAGACAAGUAGGUCUAGAAGUCAAGCGGACGGAGGCCAUGUGCAGUUCAAUAUUCGGGCAUCUUUGCAGUCGAUGGGCAGACCCCCUAUCGUAACACGUCCGCGUUACAUGCUUCAGUGUACGGUGCUGUCAACAACUCAAACUAGAGCAGCUGCUUCUGGAAGACCAGCGAGACCGAAAGUUGUGUUUUCAAGACGCACGGAAGCUUGUGAUCAAUCCUCACAGGUUGUUACAUCGCCGCCUCCUCCUCAUGCGUCUUUGGUGUGGCCAAAUCCGCAUUCAACUGUCCAAGAAGAAUAGACUGGAGAAAGCAGACCGCAGAGUCAGUGUUAUCAUCCAAGGCAUAACAAUUAUUCACGAUGGUUCAAUCCAGAACUACCUCGAUUCAAUCAGGAGUUUCAAUGGCGCACUAUUGAAGAUAAUGAUCGUUUGAAUGGGUAUUCCAAUCAUCUCAACGAUGCUGGAAGGUCAAACGUUGGUCAAGACAACAGAGAGGCAACGUACAUCAUUCCGCAAGAAGGCAACGGCCGUUUUUGUGCUUACCGACCAGUACACAAUGACGAAAGCACAGACCAUCACGUUGUGAACUUAACAAUCGACCAGUCAGAUGAGGACUCGACAAUUCAAACUUAACCAAGCACCGAUUUCGAGCCCAGCUUUUCAUUCAACGACUUAUUUCUCCAACCUCUACUAUCGAAAUUCAUCCGGAACCUGCCGAAUAAAUUGAAGCCUGUGAUGAACUGCACGAAAAAGCCACGGAAAAUGAACUGGUAUAUCAAGUACAUUAAAAGAAUCGAGAGCGUUUGUCCGCCCCACGUUCAUGUACACAUGGAAAGCUCUCGAGUUGAGGUGAAAGGCUCGUCCACAAUAAAUUUGCGGCAAAAUGUUAUCAAAAGUAUGCGAGAUGAGGCGAUUUCGUGGCGUGAACUCAAGUUUGAGGUGGAAAAUGCCUCGAAAUGUAUCGAAACCGGCUGGAAGAUGCUGUGGAUUUGGCCAACGUUUUCCUACGUGUCUGGAACAAUAUCAAGGACCGGAAACUUGAGUUUGCACUAUCUCGAGGAACACACUAUUUCUGUGGAACACGCUUUCACCACUGGGGUUUUACCAUAGAAAAUAUUGAAUUUGGCACUGGCAGUCAUGAGGACAAACGCGAAGCUUUUCUGUUGGCUGCUGCGAGUGCUGCAGGUGUUUUUUUUUUUUCUUAAACUGGAAGACGGUCAGAACGAACAUAUAUGGCGUCCACCAUUGAGAAAUGCUGCUGAGGACAGUGAUGACUGCGAAUGCUGCUUUGUAAACGUGAAUAGUGAGACUGGAGAAGGUUUGGAGUCUAAAGAAGCCGCAUUUAUCGUUAUCUCCUCGGACUCGGAUGAAAACACUGGUGAGAAUGAAUGCGCUGCAUCUUCGGCACCAGCCGUUGAUACUCCAUCAAGCGAGUCUGCUAUGGCAAACACUAUUGCGACCCCUACACGACAUUGUACUAUGUGCGAGAUUAUCCUCGUGCGCAAACCUGACAGUGCAGGAUGUCGACAAUGUCAGUUCGAGAUACAAGAGACCAAUGACAGUCAGGCAAGAAGCCAUGAUGACAACGCUACUCCGCUGUUCUCCAGUGUUGCAGAUUGUUCAUCAACGGCGACGGAGACGAGGCAAUUGCUGUCAUCGAGCACAAGUAGAGCGGAGGUCACGAGUGCAGAAACAGAAACACCUUACCGACCUACUAACACACCAAAACUUUUUUUUUCCGAAGUUGAAGUGAGUAGCCAUGUGUACCCGUGUAAUUUUUCAUUUCUGAAAAUUGUAGCUUUUCAUUGGUCUAAUUUCAGCUAAAAUUCGAUGAUUGGUCC